AUGUAUGCUCGUACUCACAAACCCCUGUCUGCCCAUUACUCCCUUCGUUUUUACACCCCAUUUCCGAGAUGCAUACAAUUGCUUUCUAACCAGCUGAAUGGAUCCAUACCAGCAACGUUCUCCAACCUUGUAUCUUUGACCUACUUGAACCUUGGCUACAACAGCUUGACAGGCUCCAUUCCUGACGUUCUUGGCAACCUCCCAAGUCUUGCUCACAUAUACCUACAUACGAACAAUCUGAACGGCACAAUACCAUCCUCACUGGCCAACCUUUCAGACCUCGGAGAUCUACUCCUGCGGUACAACAAAUUGACCGGCACAAUUCCUGAAUCGCUUUACACUCUCACAAACCUAAACACGUUCAAUCUUCUAGACAACUACCUCACUGGCUCGGUCUCUACGAAAAUAGGCAACCUCGAAGCAUUGAUGGCCGUGAACCUUGGCUACAACUACUUGACAGGCCCUAUUCCUGACUCCAUUGGCAGGCUCACGAAUCUGAACGCCUUAUAUCUAUGGGGAAACAAAAUGACAGGAUCGAUACCCACAGUGAUAGGCAACCUUCUUUAUUUGAAUGACUUGGCCCUUUCUUGGAACAACCUGACUGGCAGCAUCCCAGAGUCAAUUGGCAACCUCCUGCAGCUCACAACAUUGGAAAUUAAAGGAACCAAUCUGUCAGGACAUCUCCCUCCGACUCUGGGCAAGCUAUCCAAACUUGAUCCAUUGAAUGUGUCUUUAACUGCACUCACAUGCCCCCCUAACAAGAGUCCGUGUGUGGUUCAGCAAUUUUCUCAAAGUUCCUUUUGCCGCCAGUGCCCCUCGUUCUGCUCCACCUGCAACAAGACAGCACCACGCCCACCCUCCCCAUCUCCAGCUGCCCCCUCCUUGACUUCAUCUCCCCCCACACCAACCCUGUCCUCCUCUUCAAGCCCUCCCCUCUCACCCGAAGCGCCUCCCUCCCAGCCUGGAGGCGGUCUCUCUGUGGGAGCCAUUGCCGGCAUUGCUGUGGCUGCUGUGAUGCUGCUGGUGAUUGGCAUCAGCGUGCUGCUGUGGCAGCGGAGAGGUCACAACAGACGGGCAGCACGUGCAGCAAGUAUAAUGUCCUUUCCAUGCAGAGUUCAUUUACACCCUUAA